AACGGCGUCGAUCCAAAUUUCAACAUUGUAGGCAGGUCAGCUUUUUCUGCCAAGGUGUUUUCUAAAAUAUACGUUCAUUUCCCUACAAAACCUUUGAAACAAGAUGGCAGAUCAUACGCCAUGUGCCCUGCGUGAAAAUGAUUCUGCACCGGCAGAGCUGGGAUCUGGAGGAGUACCAAAAGGUCCAGUUGGUCCUACUCCGAUAAACAAUCCUGGCAAUCCAGUGUUCACAUGUCAUGAGGAAUUUCCUACUCCUGAGCCUCGAGAGUCGGGCCCGGAUGACUGGUUUCAAGGUUAUGGAAACAAGCCACAGAAUCCCAUGUACAUGACAAGCUCUUCAUCCAUUGGAAAAUUGUCUCCAACUGUCCAUACAAUGCCAACUAGUUUCCAUUGUAAAUCACAAAAAUUCUCUGAGCAUUUAGGAAAGUGUGGCCCAUUCCGCAAUCAUUCUAUGAACACUGCCUUGGACAAGAGCAUUGUAUAAACCUGGACAUAACACUCAGUUGAAAAUAUUCAAUUAAAAAUAACUUAUCCAUUGACUUUUAUGGAUAUCUCAUCUGGAGAAAGAUAUGUUGUUUAAAAUGCAGCACUCCUGAAUAAAGUUUUGAACAAUUUUAUGCAUGACAGUAUCAGACACUUUUAUUAGGAUUGCGAGGUGCCUUCAGUCCUCAACAUAGUUGAAUGAAAAACAUUUCAGCCUGGACUAUAACUAUUUCAUUACAACCGAUGUACAUGUAGUUCCAUUUAGCGAUGAAGAGGCAAUACAACUUAUUUGGAAAGAUGGUUCUUGUUUUACCAACACAUGACACUAUCAUAUCCGUCCAGUUUGAGUUGUCUACAUGAAUAAGAUCUUAUUGUAGAAAUGUGCAGCUAACUAUUCUAUAAGCAGAUUAUGUGAUAUUAGACCCCAUCUUUCUUUCGUUUAUUAGUGUCUUUUCUUCCAACUUGAAAAAGCAUUAUGGACCUUACAUUUUGGUCAAGUUUCUUUUUGCACUUUUGUCAUGUUGUCCACUCCACAUGAUCUUGUUGUAUAUGUGUAUGUUGUAAAGUGUAAAUGUAAAUAAGAAAUGUAGUUUUUGAUUGAAAAAUGUACUUGAAGUUUUUGACAAAUGAGCAAUUUAUGACGUUGGGAUCAAUUCUCCGUUUUAAAUGCCUCCAAUGCGCAAGGCUGCCUGUCAACUUCAUUCACUGUAAGACAUACCAGAAUCUUCUCCACUCAGUAGAAAGUGCAUUUGACAUAGGACACUUGAGCUCAUUGAAUUGAAAUAGUGAGUCUUAAAAAGAAGAUUUUAUCACACCACAUUGUCACCAAAGGUGUAACAGUACUGUCCCACAAAUUAAAACUCACAAUAAAUAUUUAUUUCAUUUGGC